AUGACCGUAUUCUCUUUUGAAUUCAAACAGCCAGAUCCUCCUGUGAUAAAGGCUGAGUUUAAGACUAACUUCAUUCAACACAAAUGGAAUCACAACUUGUCACAUAUCACAACUGGCUAUAUCAACAAUUCGCCAUCCCAGAGUUUCGUUCGAGCGGACGAAGCCUUCGAUGGUAGCCUGGUCUCAUCCUACUUCAAUUACGCCAACACUACUAAAGAAGGUUUGGUGGACAACAUUAUGACCACCUACGGUCAUGGUUCCGACGAGCCAGCUAUGUGGAGAGGCUUCGUCAACUCCAACUUUCCUUUGUUUCCUGAGGACAUACUAGUCAAAUAUGGUGCUGUUUUUGGCGGACUGGUCCGGCGAAAGUUCAAUGAGCACCCUAUGGCAGCUUGGAAUAUGCUGUACCAGGGAGUUAUUCCUGUGACAGUCUACGUGAGCAACUGCAAUGUCAUGGUUGGGUACGACUAUUUUUCUCCUGGGUUGCGCACCAGAGUUAUCACUGAAUACUUCAAUAUCCAAGUCUAA